CAACUUCUGGGCAGAUUUUCCAUACCCGACAACUUUAAGCCUCCGAACCUCAGGAAUCUCACUCAUUCUCAUCACACCCUCUGGAACCUCACUCAUUAUCAUCACACCUAGUUAAUACCGAAAAUCAUGGCAGUCCUAACCUUAAUGUCUCAUUUAAAGCCCUUUAUUCAUCACAAACCCAAACAAUUUCGAUUCUCAUCCCAGAAAACCACCAAAAGUCUUUCAAAAUUUCAUGUAGCUACUGCACCCCAACGAAACCAAACCCAGAAACACAUCAUUUACGGGUUCUAUCAGAACCAGAAAGCCAUGGCCUCUCUUUUGGGAGCUGGGUUUGCUAUGACCAUCAUAGGGGGGUCGGCCUCUGCUGCUGAGUUACCACUGGUGGGUUCUUCUCUGCAAUUUAAUGAACCCUCCAAUGCCCUUUCUUUGCCUACCUGGGCUAUUCAUGUAUCUAGCGUGGUGGAAUGGGUCACUGCAAUGGCAUUGGUGUGGCAAUAUGGGGAAAAAGCUGGGUAUGAAUCUUGGAAAGGGCUCUCAUGGGGUAUGGUGCCCUUGCUCGGUGGAGCACUAUGUGCCUGCACAUGGCAUUUCUUUUAUAACUCCGAGUCUCUUGAGGUAUUGGUGGCUCUUCAAGCGGCAUUGACAGUUAUUGGUAACAUCACAAUAUGCAUUGCUGCGUUUCGCAUAUACAAAUCAUCCGAGGGUCGCUCCAAGAAUUUAUGAGCUUCUGUAUUAUAUUUUGUGCCCAAUAGAAUUUGCCUCCUGUUUCAGCCUCUCAAUAUGAUUGGAAGCAUGAAAUGGGAGCAAGCUGAAAGCUUAGUCAUCUAUGGCAGAAAUUGAUUCAAAGAGGAUAUACUGGCAAUUCCAAGUUGAAAGGUAGGGUUUUGAAGUCACCUCCUUGUCGUCGGAUGAUUGCAAUGAAUUUGACAGUCAAAAUGUCAAUAUGGAUUAAGCUGUAUCUGAAACAAGUAAUUCUCCUCCUGUUGUGGCUGGUGAGUUUGUCAACCAAGUGGGUUCAACUUAGCCUCUCUAGCUGCAUUAAUAUGACAUUUCUUAAGAACUUCUGCCUUAUCUCUCAUUAGGUUAUCUAUCAUAGGACCACUACGCUUGUAGACUUUUUGAUUUUUGUUAAUGUUAAAUAGACCCUGUUUAAACCUUUGAUGUGAUGUCCUUUACAUUUUGUUCAGUUAAUAAAAUUUCUUUCUUCAUUGCA